GCGCAGCGCAGCGCCACGCUGACCGUCUGCAACAAGGAGGGUCUCUAUACCUUCACUGGACUUUAAAGAUAACAAGCGUGGAUAACCUGGGGGAAUAAGGGGUCUGCACAGGUGAGGUGAGGUGAGGACGCAAUCCGCAUCUCUGCCAUCCCUCCAUCAGCGGAACAAGUACCUUGGUGCCGGCCAUCCUCAGGUCAACUCAACCAGGACAGGCGCCAAACAAUAAAUGUCUUGACCUGGCGUCCCUUAGAAGACCUGCACUAAACAAAUAUUUGAGGCCAUUAUAUCUAAUUUCUCCUGGCAGGCAGCCGUCACUGAAAAGAUCAACAGUGAAGGGUGUUUGGAGACAGGAAAAGUGGGGGAGGAAGAAGUUACCCUUUCAAAGUGCACCCUGCCUGCUAUUUCUGCUGCACUGUGGGCAGGGAGCAUCUCAUUUGGGAGUGCUGUUGGCUGACAAAAAGAAAAAAGAAAAAAAGGAUUUCCCUGUUCCCUGCCUAUCUGAAUGCCUGUAUAAAUACUGGAUAGAGAUAUCAAUUUGUCUGGGUUUUUACACCGCCCAGCAAAGAGACUAUAUGCUAACUAUAGAAAACAUCACAACAAACUUGGACUCUGUGGUCUCCUGAAUUGCUACGUGUCUAUUACCCGUCAAGAAAGAUUUAAGAGCUGUGAGAACAGGAAUGAGAGCUGCUGUAGUUCUCUUCUCUUAGAACCUUCUCCAAAGCCAACAGCAGCUCUCUGUGGGAGACCGGAAGCUGCGAGUCAGUUUAGGAGCUGCAGUUUUGAUGUCUUUCCCAGCUUGGUGAAGUAAUAUGAAACCCUUAACACCAAUUGGAUCCCCGUCUCCUCUGAGGCUCCUCAACAAGGGUCCAGAUUACCUGCGCAGGCAGAUUGACGGAGGAGGUCAUGGCCGCUCUGUCAGCGCUGUGGAGAGGCUUGAGGCUGACAAAGCCAAAUAUGUCAAGAGCCAGCAGGUGAUCAACACCAAGCAAGAGCCUGUGCUUGUGCCCUGCGCCACCCCACCACCACAGCCACGGCGAGCAAUUUCCGUCCCAGGGAGCCUGACUCCUCGUCUUCCUCCACGCCGUUUGUCCAACACCCCUUUCUCGACACUCUCUGGCUCCUUCACCUCUAAAGAUGAAAAUGAAAAUGAUGACGCUAGAAAGGAGAACAGACGGACUUCUGUUGAUGUUGAGGCACACAACAGAAGCAAUGUAAACAAUGUGAUGCCUCCCAGCCCCAGGACGCCUGGACUUAACACCUUGGUAGCACCACACAGUGCACCUGUACUCAGAAGGAGUACAGGCAAGCGCAUGCUGAGGCCAGACUCCCUUGUUAUCUACCGCCAGAAGAAAGAGUGCAAAAGCCCUAGCAGUGCUGCAGUGGGAGACAACAAUAACAUGGAGGUGAAAGGCUACAGUUUUGUCCGCCGCCUCUUUCAGGGUUCAAUGCGAGAGAGGAGUAGUGGAGGAGAAGGCAGAAUCCAAAAGAUGGUGAUUGGUGAAGAGAAAGCACCAUCGCGGGAUGGAGAGUCCCGUAUGUCUUGGACCAAUGACAAAGAUGCUAUGGAUGGAGGACCAGGAAGUAGGAGGUCCAGUAAAACUGACCAAGAACGAAGCCCAGAGUCUAUACCCAGUCCUGGGUUUAGCUGCACACUUGAACACAUAAAGAAUGGGUUUACAAAUAGCACCAGCGACCAAUUAAACAAUGGCAUCACCAAUGGCAACCACACAAGUAAACAUGAUGAUGAGAAUGACCCGUGGAAGCGUGCAUCCCCAACUGCACCCAGAAGACAGUUUGGGGAGUUGCAGCGCUCCAAAUCAGACUUACGUCUGCACUGCUCGGUAGCAUUAUCCGAGCAGGAUCAUUUCUUUGACUUUUGUGGGCUAGACAUGGACAUGAUAGAGCGACUGGGUCGGGAGAACUUCCUCUCUGGUGCCAGCUCUAUAGACACACUCUCACUGGCACUUCGCAGUGUCGGUGGCGAUGGUUGUGGUGGCUCUGAGCCCAGUGAGUUCUCCCGUCACUCUGGAGAUGGACUUUUUCAGGAGGAACUGGCUGAACAGCUUCCUACUGGUGUGUCAAUCAUUGAGAGAAAUGCUCGUGUUAUCAAGUGGCUUUAUGGUUGUAAGAAUGCUGCCCGGGAAGGACCCAAAGAGUCAACAGUUUAGUUAUAGGGACAAGAUCUAUGUGCCAUGGAGUGCUGAUUCUACAGAUUACUCAUGCCUUUUCUUUUCUUAUAAACAUGUUCACCUUGAGAAAGGGAGCUAGUCAGUGAAAUCAAGAAGUGCAGAUACCUACCUUUAAAAUCUGUUUUCCUUUACAAGGAAAUAAAAAAUUUAAUUUGUGUAAGUGCACUGAAAAAUAACCGAAAAUUACUGACAUCCACUGCUGUGUUGCAUAUAAUUACAAUAAAAUCUUUGAAUUUCAUGCAGCAGUAAGGUCAAAGCAGCAGAGCCUCAUUAUGCAAAGCUGCAGCCUUUAAAAUGAUAUAUAUAUAUUUUUUUAUUUCAGACUAAUAUCUGAAUGUAGAAUUAACAUUUCAUGGCACUCCACUAUCUUUAGUCCCAUGACUCCAAAGAUACUGCUUUCUCAAAUUAGAAAAUAGUUAUAUCCAGUUAAAGUGAUAUGUUGUAUAUAUGGAUCCUAUGGAAACGUGUGAGCAUUGACUGUUCUUUCUGGCAAAUGGAGCAGUUUCUCCCUGCAUAAUGUGUUGGUAUCUGUGAGUAUGUGUGUGUGAAGUGGACAUGUUGCCUUCUCCAUUUGUAGCUUCUUGUCAGUUAUUGACAGAAGUGAAUUUAGCUGAUUUGAAAUCCCCCCCCAUGACCCUUCAUAAGGCACAUAUAUGUAAGCUUUUUUGACACAUCCAUAAACACCCCCUUAAUGACUAUUUUAAAAUGGAAAACCACUAAGCUAUGUUCUUUUUUUAAUGGGAAGCUGUCGUGUGAAUGUGAAGUGAACCAUGAGUACCUCAUUUGAAUCUGUUCCAGUUUAGUUUGUGUGUUGCUUUUUUUCCCCCUUUUUUUACUCCUUAAACGCGGGCGUUGGAACAAACAUGCGAGGCACCCCUGUGGGGUUGUUAAUGCACUGAACUGGACAGAAAGAGGGAAUAAAAUAUAGAAAUAUAGCUUUCCAGAGAUUCAUCUCGAAUUAUGUUAAACACUGAGCUGGAUUCAAAGAAGCAUCCACACCCUGGACAACAGGGAGCCAUGCUUGAGCUGUAAUUUUCAUUUUUACUUCGUCGUUUCAAUUCCUAAAAAGGGUCAGUGUUCAUCAUCCACUUGUGAUACAUUCGUUGAGUUUCAAGCCAGUUCAAUGGUCAGUUUAUGUGCAGGUUUACGAUUCACAGGAAUCACAAAAAGGAAAAUAAAAAUUGUAAAUGAUCAGGCAAGCAGUUUUAACCUGAGCACAUUUACUUCAAGACUAAGGGCAGAGUUUUAUAUUCACCUCUUAAAGUAUAGGAGUUCAGGCUGUUAGAUAUUUAAAGGAGUCACUUUCACCAUCUGGCAAUUUACAGAUGUUUAACCUCUGCAGCUGGCCCAUCAAAAAAACAUGGGAGGCUGAAGCAGCCCUCCUCCUCCUGAUAAGCACAGAUCCUACCUCACUUCAUCCAUUCUUCUCUGAUUCUAACAUUAUCCCCAUGAAAGGUCAUUUCCAUGCUUGUCCUGGAGGAUGCCACUGACGUGUACAGGGUUGAAGCAUGAGUGGGUAAGACCGAGAGACCUUGUGGGCUGAGUGCUACCAAACUCAUGGCCACAGUAUAUUUAUACAUGUGAUAAAGGAACACACUUUUUUGCAGCCUUGAUGUUAUUUUCUGUAUUUGUCACAGGCAUACUACACUUCUGGAACAACCUCCACCUGAUUUUUUUUUAUAUAUACAUAUUUAUCUCCUGUUUAAAGCUCUUUGUUGCAUGUUUACUAAGUGGCUCUAUAACUUUUGAUUCUCCUUUUUUUAUUUGACGUAUAUGAGAGAUUUAAUUUUUAUUCUAAAGAGGUUUGUGUAUGAUGUACACAUCCAAUAAACACAAGU